AGAAAGAAGUGAAGUAUGGUCUAUAUCAAUUUGAGAUUAGGUUUUAAAGGUAGAAAUUGGAUGUUGGACAGCUGCAUUUGAUUGGGAAAUUGGUUAUUUGAUCAAGUGGAUGCACCAACAGGUACCAUCGAGUUGAAUCGAUGGAGGUGAUUCCAAUGCAAAAGAAAAAUGAUCCCUUUGCGUUGUGAAUUGUUCUUCCGGGUGGGGAAGUUGUAUCCAGCUUACUGUUUUAGUUUGAUUCUUUUUUUUUUUUUUAAACUUGUAGGUGUUAGCAAAUGAAGUCAACAUUGGAUACGAGGAUAUGGGCAAUCAACAGGUAGCAAAAACUAUUUGAUCUUUCAUUUCAGUCAACCCUUGUGCAACAAAAUACUCCCAAAUCCACUCUCACAACAAACACGAACAAAACUAUUUGUUUCUCUCACACUCGGGUUUCACCAUUGAUCAGCAUGCACAGGCAAGUACAUGGUUUUCGAGUUCGAAGACAAUUACUUGGUUGUGUUGGAGAAGGAAGCAGCUGUGGGUUCUUCAUCACAGGUUCUCCAAGAUUAUGGGAUACCCUGUGAAAGAUCUCAAGAUCUGUUACAGCCAUAUGUGGAGUGCAAUGUUGAAGAGGGUCAAUCCGUUGUGGAUGGAGAUUUUGGAGAUAGUCCAGUUUCCAAUCUGGAAAUUGGGGUCGACGGCAUCCUCUGGGCAUGAUGUGCUCACGAGCUGUAUCACAGGCACAGCAGGUUAUUUAUCUGUUGAGAUUUAUUAUUACCCUUUUCUGGUUUUCUUCUUCAGGUAUUUUGUCUUUGUUAUUUUCCCGGGACAGGUUACGGUGAUUACUAUUUUAUAGUAAUCACCGUGGUUACUAAGGGCAAAUUGGGUAUAACAAAAAAUUUAUUAAUGAUUUUUUUAAUAAAUUACAUUUUAGGAAAUUACAUAAAUAUAUUAAAUACAAUUUUUCUCUCUCUCUCUUUCUCUCACUUCCACAAUUUUUUCAGCAAGAUCUCUCUUCCUUCUUUUUCUCAAUCUUUCCUUGAUUUCGUUCAUCAAAACUAAUACCACUGCAACAAAAAAAUAAUAAAUCAAUACCAAUCCAUUAAAAAAAAUACUACCAUUGUACAAAACAUCAAUACCAUUCAAGAAAUAAAAACACAACCAUUUCACAAAACAUCAAUACCAUUGCAGAUUUAAUCACUACUAAUGCGACAAAAUCAAUACCAAUGCGACAAAAUCAAUACCAAUGCGACAAAAAUAAUACCAAUGCGACAAAAACUAUACCAAUACGACAAUAACACUACCACUACGAAAAAAAUGACUACCAUUUAAAAAAAAUCACUACGGAAAAAAAUGACUACCAUUUAAAAAAAAAACAUACCAUUCCAAUGGAAUUCCUCCUUCCUCCUUCCAAUUGCCAUUAACAAAGCAAAUAUAGUCCAUCAGAAACAGAGAAGAAAUGAGAAAAGUUAGUAACUUGUUGAGAGAAGCAAAAAAAAUUCAGUACCUGAAACGUGCCCAAUCCCCGAUUGGGAACAGAAACCAUGUUCAGCAAUCAAAUAGCUUAAAAACAGAAACGAUCCUUACCUUCAGCGGAGUGCUUCAAUCUGGAUUUAGGAGGACAGCCAGAGUUGGACGGAGAACCCGUGUACCCACGUUUCAUGGCGUCAAGGAAUUGAAAUGACCACCAGAGUUCCAAACAAUCACAGAAGCGCAACCAGCCCUGAACCCCCCAGAGAGGAAGAAGCAAACAAGCAGGGGUUCGGGCGUCGGGCGCGAUGCAAACUUCUAGGGUUCUAAGAAGGGGCGGAAAUGGAUCGAAUUAGAAAGCGAUAAUGGAGGGAUUCUAUAUGUUAAACAAGGAAAAGGAGAGAGAGGGGUAUGCUAGGGAUGGGAGAUGCGAGAGAGGAGGGGAAGGGAGGAGGGCGGUGGAGGAGGUUCUCGGGAGGGAUGAGGGUCGCGGGAGGUAACGGGGAGGGAGCUUGGUGGUUGGCGGCGGGUUGCAAUAGGGUAGGGUUUGGAUAUAAUUUAUAGAGUAAUCAGGUGUAGUAUAUUUUUCAAUUCCAAAAUUACCCUAAUAUAAUCUUCAUCGUUAAUUUAAAAUUAGGGUAAAAAGAAAUAAUUAAUGAGAUAGAUUAAGGUAGCCACUGUGAUUACUAAAAAUUAAGUAACCAAGCUAACUCAUCCCCUAUUUUCCCCCCUACUGGGGCAUAAUUUACAAUGUCUGUCGGUUGGUUUUUUCUUCUCAAAUGGAGUGCCGACGGAUGACAGGUAGUUUAGGAGACCGAUUUAUUUGGUUUUGGGUCCAAGUAAAGAGCUCAUAGGGAGGGGAUGACAGGUAGUUUAGUCAGUGCUGAGUUCAUUUUAAGUGCAGGAAUAAGAAAUUAGAAGAUUAUUAGAAGUUUUAUUUUAUGAUUUUUGUUUUUUGGAAUUUGGAUAAAUGUAUUGUGCAGUAUAAUCUGUUUUGCAAUUGGAUAAGGUGCACCCUCUAUAUUAGUACUAUGCUAAUAAUAACUGAUGAUCAUAUUUUGGUACCAGCUAUCCUUCUGCCUGAGCUCCGCCGCCUCUCCCGGUUCCCCCCUCUAUGCUUAUCCAACAUUAAUUCCGUUUCCAUGCAUUACCGGCUUUAAGCGUUCAACAUCAGUAGAGCAUCACUACAUAAAUAGAAAAAUCAUAAUUGCGGCAGCGCAAUAAUAAUAAUAAUAAUAAUAAUAAUAAUAAUAAUAAUAAUAAUAAUAAUAAUAAUAAUAGUUGCAGCACCGCAGUUCAAUGGUUUGCACCCACUAAAUCAGUUACAAUAAAGAUUCGGUCCAUUUGAUUGGGCAGUGAUUAACCGAGCGAAUUUUAAUGGUUUGACAUGAGACUAGUUCAACCACACCGGGUUUACUAGUUCGCUAUUUUAUCACAAAAAAAUUAAGAAAAAAAACUUUCACGUAAACUAAGAUCAUCCAAUUGCACUCACUAAUUUAAUUUAUGCUUCCUUUACUUCAUUUUUCAGUCUCCUUGUCGAUUUUUUGUGGUCAACUAUGGAUUGUCUCUCAUUCAUAACUUGCAUUUAAUAAAACAUUAUUGAUUGAUAUUUUUACUAGUAGCGAACCCAGGAUUCUUGGAUAGAUAUAUUGCCCGAUAAAAAUAAGUUAUAUAUAAAUAAAAUAAUUAAUUAAUAAAAAUGAACAUUAUAAUUAAUCAUAACUUUCACAAUUUUUUUUACGCAUAACCACGACGAAUUUUCAUAUUGUGAAAGGUUUCUUAAUUACAUAGUGGCUUAUGUUGCAAACUAAACCUUUUUUAUAUACACAACUAGACAAUUAUCAAAAAUUGGUCACUCGACUGAUUUCGAAGAUUGUUCUUGAUUAAGUUAAUAUAUGAAAAAGCUCAUUUUGUAUCUUGUAGUUGCAAGAGGUAAGUCAACACUGACUUAAGAUGGAAAGAUGAAAAGGUGGUGAUAUGCGUCAACAUGGAAGUUUAAACAAGAAUGGGGUGCGCCGACCAAAUGCCGAUAAUUGGAGUUCAUCGUCUUUAUGAGGUUUCUGGUUUCCUUCAUCAUUUUUCUGGUCUGCUUCAUAAGAGUUGUGGUCAACAUUAUGAGGUCUUGUCUACUUCAGUAAACAUAGGUAAGCUUUAUUAUUAUUAUUCUGGUUUGUUUUAGGCUUGUAGUCAAAUUUAUGGUGUGCUUAUUACAUUUUUCUAGUACACUUAAUAAAGUAUCUAGUAUACUUUAUGAGUUCGGUGGUGUAAUUUGUAGUGUUUCUGGUCUAGUAAAGUUUUUUGGUCAGAUUCAUGAGAGUUGUGGCAAGUUUCAGAAAACUUGCGGUCAAGUUUGAGUUUUAUGGUCAAGUUUAUGAUUUUUGUGGUGUGGUUAGGUUCUGCUAUGCUUUUAUAAGCUUUCUAGUCUAGUUUAUGUUGUUUGUGGUGUUGUUUGUUGUAUCUUUUGUCUGCAUUUUUCGGUCGACUUUAAUGAAGCCACUACACUUGUGGUCCAUUACUUUGUUUCGUUCUUCUUCUGUAUCGUAGCUUGGAUGAAGCCACUUGAUCGACUCAAAUUUGCCAAAUGUCCAUUAUUGGCCUUCGUGUUCCCAUUACGAUUUUUGAAAAUGACAAGCGUGCCCCUCUCUUAAAAAAUCAACAUUAAUUGUAGUCAACCCCUUAAAAAAAUUAAUAUGUGGUGGGAAGCUUAUAUGAUUUAAUGAGGACUUAAAAGGUAUUUUCAUAUUAUAUUAAUAUUUUCAAUUUUUAAAAAUGAAUAUUUGCACCACCAUCCCAGACUCGGGAUUUUUUGCCGCCCAGCUACAAAAGUCGGCGCAAAUUAUUAUUGUUUGAUGAUAACACUGAAUUUGCGCAUGUGUUUCCCACUGUUUCUUGAUUGUUUAAGCUUGCAUUAUCACUUCUUUGACCUAUUUAAUGCUAGGUUGUGUUCACUUUUGUCAUAUUUCAGAUCCUAGAGCAUGAAUGGAAGUUUAGGAGCAAGUUACAGAUCAAAUCGAAGAUUUUUGGGCGACUCGGAGGAAGAAACUCGGGCAUGGCCAGAGGAUAAUGGAUUUCUACCUUAUUUUAUUGAUAAAGAAUCAUAUAACGUCGGCAUGAAUAAAAAGAGGACGAGUCUACGAGCGUCAAGGAUCAAACGACGACUGAUUCGAAGUUCAGACGAGGGAGAAAGGACCCAUACAUCAAAGACAAGGAAAUUGAGAAACAACAAGCUACAACCAAGUUACAGGCUAGCCUUGAAAGUUACGGCCUAGCCCGUAACUUUGCCAUUUUUUGUCGUAACUCGGGCCACGGGAGGCCUAAAGCAUUCCAGAGGUUACGGACUGAACCCCAAAGGUUACGGCCGUAACUUGGCCUCUAGAAGCUAUUUAAAUGCCUUUUUGCAGCUUUUGAAGGAGGGGAGCUGGGGUUUGGUUCCCAAACACCCAAGGGACGAACCAAAGAGAGAGAGAGGGUGAUUUGAUGGAGAUCUUGGAGUGUAAUUGGAGGAUAUUUUCACCUUAGAAGCUCAACAAGCCUUGACAUAAAGAUUGAAGAUUUGGAAAGUUAUAAUGUAUUCUCUCUCUUCUCUAUGAGUAACUUCCCUUUACUUAGGUUUUGAGGAACCCUAGAUAUGUUUGUUAGGAUUGGAGUUUUAUGAACUCAUAUUCAUGAUUGAUUGACAUUAUAUAUUCAAUUGAGAUGUUUAUUCAUAAUUGCAUGAGUCUUGAUCACAUUCCUAUAAAUUUCUGCUUUGACC